AUGAUGAAAGACUUAAUGUCCCGGAAAUUUGAUUUCCAAGACUUGGCUACGGUGACACUUACUCAGACGUGCAGUGCAGUGGUAACUAGACCUGUUGCUGAAAAGCUCUCUGAUCCAGGGAGUUUUACUAUUCCAUGUACAAUUGGAAACUUUGCUUUUACGAAAGCACUCUGUGAUUUAGGGGCCAGCAUUAAUCUUAUGCCCCUGGUCAUUUACAAGAGGUUGGGCAUUGGGAGAGCUAGACUCACCUCUAUGUUGCUGCAGCUGGCUGACAGGACUGUGAAGCGUCCAUUUGGGAUCCUGGAUGAUGUACUUAUUCAGGUGGGGAAAUUCGUGUUCUCUGCAGAUUUUGUAAUAUUGGAUUGCAAGGUGGAUGAAGAAAUUCCUAUAAUCUUAGGAAGACCUUUCUUGGCCACAGGGAGAGCUCUUAUUGAUUGUGAGACCGGGGAGCUUAAGAUGAGGCUCAAUGACGAAGAGAUCAUAUUCAAUGUGCAGAAAUAUAUGAGGCACCCAAGUGAGUUCGCAAAUUGCUCUCUUAUUGAUGUCGUGGAUGUAAUCGUACAGUGUGAUGAUGAAGUGUUGACGAUUGAGGAUCCCCUCGCUGCAUGUUUGACGAAUUUGGAGGAAGUGAACGGUGAGGACUUGGCAGAAUGGGUGUUGGCAUUGGAAGGUCGAGGGUUUUGGGAUAGAGAACUAGAGUUCGAUCCUCUACACUUAGGAAAGAGAGAAACUCCUCCAGCUAAGCCAUCCAUUGAAGAACCACCGAAGCUGGAACUAAAGCCACUACCAACCCACCUCAGGUAUGAAUUUCUGGGACCCGACUCCACUCUACCUGUUAUUAUCUCAUCUGGUUUGUUAGAUGUACAGGUCCAACAGCUUCUACAGGUAUUGAAGGAGUGCAAAUCUGCCAUUGAGUGGACUAUGGCAGACAUCAAGGGGAUCAACCCCGCUUAA